ACAUGGAUCGGUAGAUUUUGAUUUGGUCUUGGGAUCUGAAAAUUAUAUUACUUACCCAAAACAUUAACUAAAAAAUUAAUCUGAAGAAAAGCAGGAAAAGGAAAAGCAACGAAUGGAGAUAGAGAGGAAAGAAGACAACCAUGAGAGAGAAUAAGAAGACUACAAUAAAGACCUAAUAGAGAGAGAGAACAGUUGAUGGGUCUUCUUCUGCAGCACCAAAACCCACCCUCCUUUAUUAUUCUUCUGAAUAUUAAAUUAUAGGAAUUGAAAUUCCAUCUUCCCCUGCGGUUUUACUCUUAUUUUUUCACCUUUCCUUCUUUCCGUGGGAAAUGAGAAGAGUGUGAAGGGAUUUUUCAUUUGGUAAAUGAGGUUGUGGUGGUGGUUUUGAUGAGAGAGAAAGGGAGGGAGGGAGGAGAGUUAGAGAGAGAGAAUGUCUUGGAAGAGCAGAGGAGGGGAUGUUUCUCACAGGAGCUCAGUUUCUAGAAGAUGGACUUUUUUCUUGUGUCUUGCUAGUUUCUGUGCAGGUUUACUCUUCACCAACAGGAUGUGGAGUAUGCCUGAAGCCAAAGAUGUAAGUAGGUCCCAUGAGAAUGAACAAGAAAAGUUAAACCUGUUUUCAGAAGGAUGUGACCCAAAAAGUAAUGUUGUAAAGCAAGAACCUAAAGACAUUCUGGGGGAAGUCUCGAAGACUCAUCAUGCUAUACAAACUCUGGAUAAAACAAUUUCAAAUCUUGAGAUGGAACUAGCUGCUGCAAGGGCUGCACAGGAGUCUAUUUUGAAGGGCUCUCCUGUGUCAGGAAGCCCCAAGGUCACAGUGUCCACCGGUAAACGCAAAUAUUUAAUGGUUGUAGGAAUUAACACUGCUUUUAGUAGCCGUAAACGAAGAGAUUCUGUCCGUGCAACUUGGAUGCCACAAGGCGAGAAAAGAAAGAGACUAGAGGAAGAGAAAGGCAUCAUCAUGCGUUUUGUCAUUGGUCACAGUGCUACUUCGGGAGGUAUUUUGGACAAAGCUAUUGAAGCAGAAGAUAAAAAACAUGGAGACUUCCUGAGGCUGGAGCACGUUGAAGGAUACCUUGAAUUAUCAGCCAAAACAAAGAUAUAUUUUGCUACUGCUGUUUCUUUAUGGGAUGCAGACUUUUACAUUAAGGUGGAUGAUGAUGUACAUGUAAAUAUAGCAACACUUGGAACGACUCUGGUGCGGCAUCGGGCAAAGCCUCGGGUGUAUAUAGGUUGCAUGAAGUCGGGUCCAGUUCUCGCCCAAAAGGGAGUGAGGUACCAUGAGCCUGAGUACUGGAAAUUUGGCGAGGAGGGAAACAAGUAUUUUAGACAUGCUACAGGGCAAUUAUAUGCCAUCUCAAAGGACUUGGCGACAUAUAUAUCAAUAAAUCAGCAUGUGCUGCACAAGUAUGCGAAUGAGGAUGUCUCAUUAGGGGCCUGGUUUAUUGGGUUGGAUGUUGAACACAUUGAUGAUCGCAGGCUCUGUUGCGGAACCCCUCCAGAUUGUGAGUGGAAGGCACAAGCUGGCAAUAUAUGUGUUGCAUCGUUCGACUGGAGUUGCAGUGGAAUAUGCAAAUCAGCUGAGAGAAUCAAAGAAGUACACCAGCGCUGUGGGGAAGGGGAACAUGCUCUGUGGAGUGCGGUGUUCUGAUUUCUUUAGUGAGAGAAAGAGUCAAAAGGUAAAAUGAAAAUUGUAUCUCUUGAAAGGGGCAAAGGGGAAAAGGUUUUGAGGGGAAAGAAGGCAUAGUGUAUUGAGUUUUGGUGUGGCUUGGGAGAGGUGUAAAUUAUUUGUACAAGUAGGGGGAGGGAGAGGCGGGGACCUUUUCUGUAUCAUGAAAUGGGUCCCCUUGAGGAAAAUUCAGAGCAAAUGACCAUAACCCAUUCUUUUCUUGCUUGGAUGCCAUUUUUCUUGAGUAAUUGUAAUGGCUACGAGCUUUCUAAUAAGUUCCGAUAUUUGGUAGUUUGCCUGCUUGUUUUAGUAAUGUAGUGGGCUUUGAAACUUGUAAUUUUCUUCCU